AUGGAUAGGGUUACGCCCGCUCUAGGCGAGUUCCUCGCCGAUGAGACGACCAAGGCAGAAGACAAGAAAGAUCUGUUGAACUUUUUGGCUGACAGGCCAAAAUGCGCGCCAGUUACCAGCCUUUUACCCGUGGAAGAUCUAGAAGUUAGGCUACAAGCGAUCGACGAUAUUCGGAAAAAGCUUACGCCAGAACGAGAUGGUGAUGAGCCCCAGCUGAACUACUUGCAGUUCGCGACGUUGCUGCUCCUGCCUCUUAACUUCCUAACGAGUUUUAAGGAAAUGUUCCACGGUACGAUUCAAAAGGAAUUCUCCACUGAACUCAUUGAGGCGACUUUAUUUUUCAUGAUGAGAGGUAGAAUACCUGGAACUGCGUCUGCUGCGAGUUCUGUUGCAGGUUCUGUUAGGGGCUCCAUCACUGGCUCUGUCGAGGGCUCUGUCGAGGGCUCUGUCGAGGGCCCUGCCACCCCUGCCACCUCUGCGAAGAACGAUAAAGAGAGCCAAGCUGGCGCCGCUCGAGUCAACCCGAAGAAAACCUACAGGGAUGCAAGUGAGCGCAAAAAGUGCCUGGUGCGAGAUGGGAAUGCGUGUCUUCUCAUGCAAACAGCAAUGCCUGAAGUAUGCCAUGUCCUUCCGUUUUCCAUAGGCGCCACAGAUGCGGCAAUGGAUUUCUUCUCAAAAACGUGUGGCCAUCUUAUCUACGGACUUCUAUCUGGAACCAAGGACUAUAACACUCUCACUGAUAUGUCGAAGAAUCGUGGUUGGUCAGACAAAGCAUGGAAUAUGUUGUGUCUCAAUCACCAACUUCAUGCUUGGUGGGCUGAGGGUUACUUUGCACUAAAAUAUCUUGGUACUAUCCCAAAGAACAAGGAAGCAUCAAUUGUACAACUUCAAUUUCACUGGAUGCCCCGGAAUGGGCUUGAUCGCCAACAGAAGUGCACCAUUCCUGAAGCACUCGAAGCAAUGCAGCGUACAGUUUCUGACGACAAUGGAUUCGUCAAGGCUACCAGAGCGAGCUCCGGUCGGUCCCUUACCACAGGCCAAGUUUUUGAGAUUCCAGUUCACCCAGAAGAAGCUCCAAAAAUGAAGCUCAUGAUCGAUUUGCAAUGGGCAACGAUUCGACUCGCAGCGCUUUCCGGAGCCGCAGGAUAUAUUGAUGAGCUGGACAAGGAGUAUCACGACCCGUGGGAUGAAGAUCUGGCUCUUUGCAAGCGCCUUAUUAAAGAGUGGACUGAGUCGACGCCCUAG